AUGACAACUCCAGCUCCAGCUCCAGCCAAACAACCAGCUAAACAAGCACCAGCCAAAAAGAAUGAUGAAGAAGAUUUCGAUCCAUCAAUGUAUAAAGAAAAUCGUACUAAACAAUUAACAAGUGCUGAUAUUGGUGUUAACCCAUGGCCACAUAAAUUUGAAGUUUCACAUCAAUUACCAAAAUUUGUUGAAGAAUUUUCAGUUCUUGAAAAAGAUGGUGAACCAUCAACUCAAGUUGUAUCAAUUGCAGGUCGUGUUUUAAGUAAGAGAGCAGCAGGAUCAGGUUUAGUUUUCUACGAUAUCACUGGUGAGUUCAACAAAGUACAAGUUUUAGUUAACAAACGUGCAUACGCAUCAUGUGAAGAAGAUUACGUUAAAAUCAAUGGUCUCUUAAGACGUGGUGAUAUUAUUGGUGCCAAAGGUACACCAGGUCGUUCAAAGACUGGUGAACUUUCAUUAUUUGCCACAGAGGUUAUUUUAUUAUCACCAUGUUUACAUAUGUUACCAAAGGCAGCCUCAGGUUUAACAGACCCAGAAACCAGAUUCAGACAACGUUAUUUGGAUAUGAUUUGCAAUGAAAGUGUAAAGAAGAACUUUAUCAUUCGUUCAAAGGUUAUUCAAGGUGUAAGACGUUAUCUCGACAAUUUAGGUUUCAUUGAAGUCGAAACACCAAUGAUGAAUAUGAUCGCAGGUGGUGCCGCCGCUAAACCAUUCCUUACCCAUCACAACGCCCUCAACAUGGAUCUCUUUAUGAGAAUUGCACCAGAACUCUACCUUAAACAAUUGGUUGUCGGUGGUAUGGAUCGUGUCUAUGAAAUUGGUAAACAAUUCAGAAAUGAAGAUAUCGAUCACACCCAUAACCCAGAGUUCACCACUUGCGAGUUCUAUAUGGCAUACGCUGAUUAUAAUGAUCUCUACACCAUGACCGAACAAUUACUCCAAUCCAUCGUAAUGAGUAUCCAUGGUUCCCUCAAAAUUAAAUAUCACCCAGAUGGUCCAUCAGGUAAGGAAAUCGAAAUCGAUUUCUCUUCACCAUGGAGAAAGAUCGAUAUGAUUGCCGAUUUGGAAGCAAUCAUUGGUGAAAAGAUUCCAACCCCAUACACCAGUGAAGAAUGUCGUGAAUUUUUAGUUAAAACCUGUCGUGAACGUAAAGUUGAAUGCUCUGCUCCACAAACUACCGCUCGUUUAUUAGAUAAACUUGUUGGUGAAUAUUUAGAAGUACAAUGUAUCAAUCCAACCUUCAUCAUCAAUCAUCCAGAAAUUAUGUCACCACUCUCCAAAUAUCACAGAGAGAAACCACAAUUAACUGAACGUUUCGAACUCUUUGUCAACACCAAAGAAAUCUGUAAUGCUUACACCGAAUUAAAUAAUCCAUUCGUUCAAAUCGAACGUUUCGCUGAACAAGCUAAAGCUAAAGCUGCCGGUGAUGAUGAAUCUAUGCUUAUCGAUAAAGUUUUCACUACCUCACUCGAAUAUGGUCUUCCACCAACUGGUGGUUUCGGUCUUGGUAUCGAUCGUUUCGCUAUGUUAAUGUCUGAUACUUAUAACAUUAAAGAAGUUAUUCUUUUCCCAGCUAUGAAACCAGAACAAGUCUCCAAACCAGUCACUACCACCACUGCUGCCCCAACUACCACUGAAGCUCCAAAAUCAAAUUAA